AUGGGGUUCUGUCGCCUGUUGUUCUUAGCCAAUGCCAUCCCAACCUCAUGGUUCUCUUCUGCCAAAGGGGAAAGAAAUAAGUGCAGACCUCCUGAUAUUCUAAAUGGGAUCUCCUCACCUCACAGGGUUAACCACACAACUGAAGAUGAAAUAAGAUAUGAAUGUAAAGGUGGCUUCUCCCCUUCAAUCCUGGGAACCGUUGUAAAGUGUAGAAGCACUGGCUGGUUCCCUGCUCCAAGAUGUAGUUUGACACCUUGUGAUUUUUCACAGUCCAAAAAUGGAAAUCUAUACUAUGAUAAGAGACAACCAAGACCCUACUUCCCGGUACCUAUAAGAAAGAAGUACAGGUAUUACUGCAAUCGUGGCUUUUUGAUACCUUCGGGGUCAUACUGGAACUACCUUCAGUGUACAGUACAGUGGAAGGGGCCUGCAGUCCCACGCCUCAAUGUUGAAUAUUGGCUUUAUUUUUGA